AUGUUUCACACCUUUGAGGGUUUUGAGAACCCCGGGGCCUCAACCCAGGCCAAGGGUCGGGAGCGCCAGCAGUCCGUAGGGCGGAGAGUCACCACCCUCCGGGCCUGCACCUCAUGCCGGCAUCGCAAGAUCAAAUGCGAUGGUGAGAAACCAUGUGAGGCGUGUAGAUGGUACAAGAAGGCCGAUCUGUGCCAUUAUUCAGAUCCCCGUCCUUCCCGGAGGCAUGUGGAAAAACUGUCGACCACUCUAGACGAGUAUCGGAGCGUCCUGGAGAAGUUAUUUCCCAGCACCUCCCCCGAGGCCCUUUUCAGUCUAUCCCGCGAGAAGCUUCUGGAGCUCUCGAGUAAGGGCCCGUCGCAGACGCAGGCACAACAUCCGGCUUCUCCUGCCACCUCCGCGUCUGUUGACGCGCACGUUUCCCCCAUAUCCAACGAAGAUGGCAACUUGGAGUCAUUGCAGACGAUGCCAGAAGAAUCAAGCGACAGCCGAAACCAGAGCAGCAGCGACAUAACGAAUGGAAUUUCGGACGAUGUAAAUGCUCUAUCCCUCUCAGCUAAACAGCCUUCCUCAUACCUAGGCGUAUCAUCCAUACACGCCGUCUUGAAAGUUAUCGUCUGGCUUGAUCCAGGCUCUCUUUCCUAUUUUUCUCGGACACCAGCGGUCGCUGCUCACCGAGAUUCAACGCAAGAUUACUCAACAACAUCUGAGCAUCAGAACUGGCACAUCCAACUGUCCGAGCAGCAUUCGGUCACACCCCCCCAGGCUCAUAUGCAAGCGACUGAUAUGCAACUGCUCGACGCAUACUUCACCUGGUUCCAGCCGUUCGUGCCUAUGCUGGACGAACAGGCUUUUCGCGAGACAUACCUCUCCGGGCACCGCAGAGACGACCGCUGGCUCGGACUGCUAAACAUUGUCUUUGCCUUGGGAAGCAUAGCAGCGUGUCCGUCCGACGACAUGUCUCACAAGAUUUAUUACCAGCGCUCUAAAAGCUAUUUAAGCCUGGAUUCGUUAGGAUCCUCUCAUCUGGAAACUAUCCAGACCCUGGGACUGAUCGGCGGUUAUUAUUUGCACUACACGAGUGAGCCAAAUCUGGCUUACUCACUCAUGGGAGCCGCGCUCCGCAUGGCGGCCGCCUUGGGUUUGCACAAGGAGUUUUCCUACAGUCAGGAUGCGUCGAACAAACAGAAGAUCUCAGCCAUGGAUCUGAAACGCCGAACAUGGUGGUCGUUGUUCUGUAUGGAUACGUGGGGCGGAAUGACUCUGGGUCGACCCAGCAUGGGUCGUCUUGGACCGACCAUUACAGUCAAGCUGCCCAAUCACAGAGAAACCGGAAACGUUCUCGAUAUCCUUCCGCUCCUUGAAAACAUCCGGUUCUGCAAGAUUGCCACACAGAUACAAGAGGUCCUGGCUGUCGCACCGUUGACGAAACAUGCCGAAAUGUCCCACCUGGACAGUCAGCUGUUGGAUUGGUACGAAAAUCUGCCUUCCAUCCUGAAAGACCAUGAACCAUGCUCCGAAUCGAUUAUGAAUACGCGAACUGUGAUGCGAUGGCGCUACUAUAACCAGCGCAUGCUCCUGUACCGGCCGACCCUGUUGAGCUAUGCUAUGCGGCGAGUUCCCUACAUAGCGCUGAGGUCGGAAGAAAGGACCGCCAUUGAGAGAUGCAGAGAGAUCGCCGAAGUCACAAUUCAAGAUAUCUCCUCCACGGCACAGUCACAUCAAAUGUCAGGCUGGAAUGCGGCCUGGCUCAUCUACCAGGCAACAAUGGUUCCUCUUAUGGGUCUGUUUCUCAAUGACGCCACAGCGACUGAGCCCAGAGCGUCUGUCCAGUCGUGUCAGUCACAGGUCGAGACGGCGAUGAUGGUAUUGGCACGCUUGCAGCCCUGGAGUCCCACGGCCAAGCGGACGCUGGAAGCCGUCUCAAGAAUACUCGAAGCCAGCAAAAGAGGAUCUGACAUGGGAGGCGCAGCGAGCGGUCUAGCCAGUGGACACUGCGCCAACGGGCGCCAAGGCAUGAUAUCCGGAAUGAUACCUGGAACAGUCUCAGCACACACCGAACCAGGCCGAGGAGUCGCCAUUGCGAAUGACGGUGGAAUGAUAGAUCCGAUGGCACCGCCAUUCAUGGACGAGACGGCCGGCCAGCAACUUUGGGAUUUCCUCAGCUGGAGCGAUUCCACCAUCUGGCCGGGAUUCUCAGAGACGGAAAACACGAACGAUAUGUCAUUUGUCCAGAAUGAGAAGCACGUGAAGUACGGCAGCAAUGCACCUGGCUUCUUUGGCAGUCCUAUGACUGAUUCAACCUAUUAUAUGAACCCAUCUGUGCCCUUUUACUCGCUUGCUCAACCAUAA